AUGGGCGAGCUCGAGAAUAGCUCACACGGCCUUUUAACAACUAGAAUUCCACAGUACCCAACACAGCAUCACGCCGGCAAUGCGAAGGUAGUGGAAGAGGAAGAAAAACUAAAAUUAGCUAUCGAACCUUUCCGGUCGGUUAUCGAGAUUUUGACGAAACUAGAGAAAGAGGACGCCAAGGCGGCGGCUCAGGGCGCUCGUUUAGUGAGCCUCCUACGGCGUUUGUAG